AUGCCUUCCUCACCCUCGUACCGUCAUACCGAGCCGCCCGACUCUCCCACGCACGACUCCGACUCGGACCUCGACCUCGACCUCCAAGAGCUUGACCCCAUCUCCACAGCGCCCACCCGAGGCUCCAAGCCCGAGCCGGCCGACCCGUCGCAAAAGCCGUCGAGGAUCGCCCUCCGCAACCUGCGUAUGGGCGGGCUGCGCAGAGCGGGCAAGCGACAUCGCGCCUACGGGGAGCUUGGUCACAAUCGCGAUGCCGCCGACGAGGGCGACGAUUCACAGCGCCUCCUGGGCGAUCAAGACGAUGCUCACGGCGGCGAGGAUGGCGCGCCUCUUCUCGGCAGCCGCUCCAGGGACAACCUCGGGCGCAGACUGUCGCUAAGCUCUGUCCUCAGGGUGCCUAGCUUCAUGUCCGGGACCAAGAGGGGUCCUGACGACGACGAGCUCCCGGAGGAAGAUGACCCCUCGUCGUCACGAAUUGUCACAGUCGGAUCCGUGCAACCGGUGCGAUAUCCCACAAACAUGGUUUCAAAUGCCAAGUAUACCGCUUGGUCGUUUCUUCCCGUCACAUUAUAUAACGAAUUCUCUUUCUUCUUCAACAUGUACUUCCUCCUCGUCGCCCUGUCGCAGAUCAUCCCCCCCCUGCGAAUCGGCUAUCUUUCUACUUAUGUCGCGCCGUUGGCCUUUGUGCUCUGCAUCACCAUGGGAAAGGAAGCCUGGGACGAUAUCGAUCGACGCCGACGCGACAACGAAGCCAACUCGGAGCAAUACACUAUUCUUAAAUUUGCGGACCCUUCGCCGGAUCCCGGUCCGCGGCCUAAAAAACCUCUCAAGUCCGAAACAAUGAAACGAGGGCCGAAAAAAGGCCGUAGCGAAAGAAUAGAAAGGGCUGGAUUGUCGGAUAUACAGGAAGACCCCGAAUCAGAACCUAGAAAACCUUCCUCGGUGGUAAUUGAAGUGAAUCGAAAAUCCAAGGAUCUCGCUGUCGGCGACGUUCUUCGUUUGACCAAGGGACAACGUGUGCCGGCAGACGUUGUGAUCUUGCAAUGUUCAAACAGCGAGACCUUUGAUACCAGCGAUCCUGAGCAACAACCAGACCUAGACGAUUUGGUCUCGUUGGAUGACGAAACUGAGUCGAGCUCGAAGGGCAAGCAGCCAGCGGCAGAGAGACGGGACUCGGCAGCAACCAAUGCCACUGGUGGCGAAACAUUUAUUAGAACAGAUCAGCUAGACGGUGAGACUGACUGGAAGCUUCGACUUGCGUCCCCGCUCACGCAAAAUAUUCCACCCGAGGAGUUGGUCCGUCUGAGAGUCAAUGGCGGAAAGCCUGAUAAAAAGGUCAACGAGUUCCUGGGAACUGUUGAACUGCUGCCGUCUCGCGAAGAGGCUGCUCAGCAGCAGGCGUCUCUCAACCAGGAAGAUGCAUCUGUUACGACGGCUCCCCUAUCCAUUGAUAACACAGCAUGGGCGAAUACAGUAAUUGCCUCCCAAGGAAGCACGCUGGCUGUGAUUAUGUACACCGGCCCCCAUACCCGAUCCGCGCUAUCUACCUCACCAUCUCGCUCCAAGACUGGUCUUCUCGAAUACGAAAUCAACUCGCUGACUAAGAUCCUCUGUGCGUUGACUCUUGCCCUUUCCAUCGUGCUUGUCGCACUGGAGGGCUUCGAGAACAGGCCUGGAAAGCCAUGGUACAUCCAAGUUAUGCGCUUUCUGGUACUUUUCUCGACUAUUGUACCAAUUAGCUUGCGUGUCAACCUCGAUAUGGGAAAGACUGCUUACGGCCGCUUCAUUCAGAGGGACCCCGGUAUUCCAGGCGCUGUUGUCCGUACGAGCACCAUUCCGGAAGAUCUUGGUCGCAUUGAAUAUCUUCUAAGUGAUAAGACGGGAACUUUGACACAGAAUGACAUGGAAAUGAAAAAGAUCCACAUUGGAACAGUGUCUUACGCCAAUGAAGCGAUGGAUGAAGUCAACUCUUACGUUCGCCAGGGUUUUUAUAUCCAGCCUACGACAGACCCUGCCACACAAACCAUGCUGAUUACUCCAUCGUCCACGUACGUCAACACUGUCGCUGUCGGCGCCACCCGAACAAGGAGAGAGAUUGGUACCAGAGUCCGCGAUGUUGUCUUGGCGCUGGCGCUGUGCCACAAUGUCACGCCCACCACAGACGAAGAAGAUGGCAAGGAAGUCACAUCAUACCAGGCUUCUUCUCCGGACGAGAUUGCCAUUGUGAAGUGGGCCGAGUCUGUUGGAUUGAAGCUUGCUUCUCGUGACCGAAGAAGUAUGACUCUCGCUGCGACCACAACGGGUCGUCCUGUCGUGCGUGUUAGCAUUCUGGAUGUGUUUCCUUUUACUUCGGAAGGAAAGCGGAUGGGAAUCAUUGUUCACUUCCAGGAUGACCUCCACAACCCGAAUCGCGACCUCAGUAAUGGCGAUAUUUGGUUCUACCAAAAGGGUGCAGACACCGUCAUGAGCUCCAUCGUGGUGGCGAAUGACUGGCUUGAUGAGGAGACAGCUAACAUGGCACGAGAGGGUCUGCGAACACUGGUUGUGGGCAGAAAGAGACUGUCGAACAAACAAUACCAGGAAUUCUCCUCCCGAUAUCAUGAGGCGUCGUUGGCCAUCAAUAACCGUGAUGUGGGCAUGCAAACGGUCGUUGCGCAGUACUUGGAAAGUGACCUCGAGCUUCUUGGCGUGACUGGUGUCGAGGAUAAGCUGCAGCGCGACAUCAAGCCCUCUCUUGAGCUUCUCCGCAACGCCGGCAUUAAAAUCUGGAUGCUCACCGGUGACAAGGUGGAAACUGCGCGCUGCGUGGCGGUCAGCUCAAAGCUAGUGGCACGCGGCCAGUACAUUUAUACCGUCACCAGAUUGAGGCGCAAGGACAACGCGCAAGAGCACCUCGACUUCUUGCGCAACAAGACUGACGCCUGCCUUUUGAUUGACGGCGAGAGUCUCGCGCUCUUGCUCACCCACUUCCGCAUCGAGUUCAUCUCUGUGGCCGUCCGUCUCCCGACUGUCGUGGCAUGCCGAUGCAGCCCGACCCAGAAGGCUGAGAUUGCCACUCUGAUCAAGGAAUACACCAAAAAGCGUGUCUGCUGCAUCGGCGAUGGUGGCAAUGAUGUGUCCAUGAUUCAAGCGGCCGACGUCGGUGUUGGUAUCGUCGGCAAGGAAGGCCGACAGGCCAGUUUAGCGGCCGACUUUUCCAUCGAGCAGUUCUGUCACUUGGUCAAGCUGCUUGUCUGGCACGGCCGCAACAGCUACAAGCGCAGUGCCAAGCUCGCCCAGUUUGUCAUUCACCGUGGUCUCAUCAUUGCCGUCUGCCAGACCAUGUACAGCAUCGCCCUCAAGUUUGAGCCCGAAGGUCUCUAUAUUGACUGGCUCAUGGUGGGGUACGCGACUGUCUACACGGCGGCUCCUGUCCUAUCGCUGGUCUUGGACAAGGACGUGGAUGAAAACCUGGCCAACCUGUAUCCCGAGCUGUACAAGGAGCUGACGACUGGUCGAUCGCUCUCGUACCGCACAUUUUUCGUCUGGGUCUUUGUCUCCAUCUACCAAGGUGGCAUGAUUCAGGGUCUGUCGCAGAUUCUCACCGGUGUCGAAAACAAGAAAAUGACGGCCGUCAGCUACACAGUGCUAAUUCUCAAUGAGCUUCUCAUGGUGGCAAUUGAAAUCACCACCUGGCAUCCCAUUAUGAUUGUCAGCAUCCUGGGCACGUUUCUCAUGUAUCUUGGAUCCAUGCCUUUUCUUGGCGGAUACUUUGACUUGGAGUUUAUUAUUACCUGGGGAUUUGUUUGGCGCGUGCUCGCCAUCCUGUCCAUCUCACUUGUGCCACCGUAUGCGGCGAAGCUUAUUAGGAGAAGGAUGAAACCGCCGUCGUACAGAAAGGUGCAAAAUCGGUAG